UGGACCUGGCAGCAGCAUGAGGAGGCGGUACAGGGGCCCAUGACAGAUUACGGGCCUGGCAGCAGCAUGAGGAGUCGGUACGGGGGCCCAUGGCAGAUUACGGGGCCUGGCAGCAGCAAUGGAAGGCCGUACAGGGACCCAUGAGAGACUCUGGACCUGGCAGCAGCCUGAGGAGGCGGUACAGGGGCCCAUGACAGAUUACGGGCCUGGCAGCAGCAUGAGGAGGCGGUACGGGGGCACAGCAGCAAUGGGAGGCCGUACAGGGACCCAUGACACACUCUGGACCUGGCAGCAGCAU